AUGGAUACCUUAAUCACUAUAACCAAAAAAAGCAAAAGAGUAGGUCGUGGCAUUGGCUCUGGCAGAGGAAAAACUGCCGGUCGCGGUCAAAAAGGACAAGGGGCUCGAAAAAGUCCUCAUACUCGUCCUGGAUUUGAAGGAGGACAAGUCCCUAUUUUUCUCCGCUUUCCCAAGCGUGGUUUCAAAGGCAGAAAAAAAUUAGGUCAAGUAAUCAAUUUAGAGAAAUUAGAGCAAGACAAAGAAAUAGUUAGCGGACAAGUCAUAGAUUUCAGAAAAUCAAAGUCUCCAACCAAAAUAUUAGGAAGGGGGGAAUUAACUAAAAUAUUGACUAUCAAAGCCGCCGCUUUUUCACAGCAAGCCCAACAAAAAAUAACUAAAUUGGGCGGGAAAAUUGAAAUAACAACUAAAUAA